UUUGCUUUCAAGUCUCAAAAACUGUUUCUCCUAAAUGAGACGUAAGGGUCACAGUCACGGAGCAGUGUCGCCCUGUGCCGCUUGUAAGCUUCUCCGGCGAAAAUGUGUGAAAGACUGCGUCUUUGCUCCAUAUUUCCCGGCUAAAGAGCCUUACAAGUUUGCCAUUGUCCACAAGAUUUUCGGUGCUAGUAAUGUCAACAAGAUGUUGCAGGUGCUGUCGGAGAACCACCGGAGCGACGCCGUGAAUUCAAUUGUGUACGAGGCCAACGCGAGGGUGCAGGAUCCUGUGUACGGAUGUGUAGGAAUAAUAUCUUCAUUACAGAGACAACUCGAGACUCUCCAAACUCAGCUCGCCUUUGCUCAGGCCGAACUGGUUCAUAUGAAAACGCUCCACCGUAUUGACACUAAACCGCCGACCUACAUGGCAAGUGGCAUUAGUCUUCCGGCGAACAAAGACUUAUCAAAUGACGUCGACAUGGCUUUUGCGUACGAGAAUGGUGCCGGAGAGUCUCUUUGGUCGUGCUAGCUUUAGCCUGAUCUUAUGAUUCUUAUCUAUGCAAUAGUUUAAAAACAGCAAAAUGAUAAGAUUAUAAGCUAUAUAUACAUUAUUAUAUGAAGGUGGUGGUAAGUAUAUAACUAAAGUAAAUCAAAGUAGAUGCAUAGAGAAGCAAGUAGCAACUAAAGAAUUAAGAUUAUAAACUUUAUUUAUGCAUGCCUUCUUUUGGGGACUAUUUUGCUUUAGUUAAUGUUGGAAAAGUAAAAAAGAAAAAAGAAAAGAUAGAGGCAUAUAGAUGUAAUACUAUGUCUCAUGCCCCCCAUAAACGCUUUAAUUAAAAUAUUAAUGUUGCAAAUUGAUAUAUAGUCAUAUAUAUGUACAUUUAUAUGAAAUAUUGUUGUAUCUUCAUCGUAUGAUUUCCAGUUCUGAAAGAAUAAUAUAUAUUACUUUCAAUACUAUGAUGCUUUCUGUGUACUAUGUUCGUAUAAAUCAUAUUCAAUUUUCG